AGGGAACAGGUCCCUCUCUCUCUCGCUCACAGGUGCACAGGAAUGCUGUGAGGACACAACAUACCUUAAUCUUUCUGGAGAAGAGAAAUACAUCAAAGCUGUCUUCAGCAAGAGAGGAGCAACAACAGGAGCCCGGGAGAGAGGAGAAUCAGGGUUCAGUUCCAGGAGGUGGAAAGCUGCUGUUUGAGAACCAGGCGAGAGCACAGGACAGACCAGAGGGGAGCUUCUGAACAACUACUUCUGAGUAUCUACCAGAGAGAGAGAGGCAGAGGCAGAGAGAGGCAGAGGGAGAGACGCAGCACCAGCUCCACACCUGGGUCUUGCACAGCUGCUUCCCUGGUGAAGCCCAUUCCCCCUCGACCCAGUCCUAGAAGCCUGUCCUGCCUCAGUGGUGAGAUGGUGUCUCUGGAUAACCCCUAUGCCGACGUGCUGAUCCCUCGCGCCCGGCUGAGCAACGUGUUCACCAGCGAGGGGGACGGCAGCACCGUGAUCUCCAAUCCGCUGGCCGAGACAGACGGGCUGGGCAAGUACAGCAACGGCGGCACCAACGGGCACAGCAAACCCAACAGCUACAACCCCUACGCCAGCUUCAAGGCCGCCGGAGAGGGAGGACAGCCCCCCGCCAUGCCCAUCUACAGCUUGGACAUGAACAGAGGCGGGCUGAAGGAUCCCAAAGCCCCUUACAGCAGCCCUGCCCUGGAGCCACAGAUCACCGCCUACAGCAACAGGAAGGAGCAGGACAAGGAGAGCUGCUGCCACGCCUGCUGGUGCUGCUGCUGCCAGAGGAAGUGCUGCUGCGUGAUCUCCUAGAGGAGCCGCGCCUCACCCAGCGUGGACCAGGGGCGCUGGAACCAGGGGUGCUGGGGGGGCAUGGCUUCCAUCAUAUACAGGGGUUACAGCACCCCCACUUUAAAAACGGUAGACUGGCAGGAUCAAGCACAGGGGAGGGGGGACUUUAUAUUGCUCUGCGGAGAGAAGCUGCUUUCGCCAUUAACAUUAUUAAUACUGUUAUUUGAGGUAUUGUCCUUCUGUUUGUUUGUUUGCACAUUACUUUAUCUCACUCUCUUACCAGUCAGCCUAGCUCUCGUGUUCCUCUGUGCCUUUUAAAAUGAACUCUAAACAGUCAACAGGAACAGCCUCACAAUGGACUAAUCACUGCAGUGACGACAAGGGUGGAAUUAGCCAAAAUGAACUGGACGCACCAUCCCUCGGGUCCUCGCUGUUCACAAGCCUCUGCAGAUUGAAUUGACUAGAUGUAGUUAUUAGUGUUAAAAUUACAAACGCCGCCUGUAUGCACAGUCACAUAGUCCUGUAACCCAGGCGAAUGACAAAGGGUCCUUCAUUAGGUUUCGCUGUAUAGCUUUUUAACCAAUGACCUUGUUAUAAAACCAAUGACAGAAUUCUCUAAUAAAUGAAGUGUGGCGUCUGAUAAGUCUGAUAAGAAACUUGAACACAACGCAGAGCAGCAUUCACUGGGUCUCAUUUAAAAAUGCUUAUUCAGCUAGAAUGUGUGUUAAUAGAAUCUGGAGGCUUCUGUUCAGCUGUCAUCAUAAUGUUCUCAAUGAGCCACCGUAGAUUCACUGUCUCUGUGCUGUAAAAACAAUGUGUUUCAAAUCCCUUCUUGUGAGGAAUGCCUCACCUGUCUGAAUGAUCUAAAACAGGGUCAAUAAAGAAAUCAUUGAUCAAUGGC